CUCUUUGAAGAUACUGUUUCCACAAUUGAGUGAGAGAGAUCAGUGUUGAAUUUAAAAAGGCAUUGUGUUUAAAUUCGUUGUUUGAGAAAUUCCAACGCAACAAUUUGAAAUUUUAUUAUAAGUAUUCGAGCUCCUUCCUCUCAGACGCAUUAAUAUGUCUUGUCGCAGGAGGAGUCACCGUUACUCUAGUUAUCUGGACAAUCGUUUGCUGGACGACUAUCGUUACAAUUACAGAAGAUCAAGAAGUUCGAGGCCUUAUACAGCACCAUCGUAUGACCCAUAUUAUAACAACUAUCCGACUACCACGUAUCGAUCACUUCCUCCGGUAUCUCCAGCGCCUUAUGUAACUCCAGUAUACGAAACAUAUGAAAGGCGUCCGCACACCACUUACGUGCCUACUGCGCCUAUAGCUCCAGGGCCAUAUCCAACAACAACGUAUGAACCAUCUUAUUAUCGAACACUGGAGUCUCCUUAUCGUAGAUCGGUUCGAGAGGUUUACCAUCCACGCAGUCCUUCUCCGUAUCCAAUUCGUAAAACAUUUUCCGUUGAGCCUUUAGUAGAACCUGACAUGAUUUCCAGCAAUGGUAAUACGCUUUCAUAUUCACCACAUCCGCGUCCAAAGGUGGAUAUAUAUCACGAAGUCCCUGGAUAUAACAGGUAUGCUUACUAGAGACAGAUUUCUGGCUGCCUUAAAGAUAAGUCCCACUUUUGGUAAGUAAAUUUUACAUUUUUAGAGAUAUAAAGAUUUCAUAUAAUAUUUCUAAAUAGUAAUAACUGAAUAAAUAAAUAACUUACAUGUGUUAGAUAAUAUUCGUUCUGCAAAUAUUAUCAACGAUGUUUUAUAUACGCUUAAACUAUACUUGAAUGCAGUGUAAUGAUGCUUCACAUUUGUAAACGAAGUACUUUCUGCUCUUUACCUGUCGUGAUAUUUCUUUAUUUAGAAAACAGAAUGUUCCACAAUAAAGUGAGCAGCAUAAGAAAUCAUAAUUCUCAAGAAUCUCAAUGCUCUAAUUGCGACUGCAGUCUGCAAAACAUUAUCGGAGCUUUAAUAUAAAACUGCUAACCACCUUUUACAAUUUAGGAAAAUGAAGCUAUGAGUUAUUUUGAAUUAGUAGGAUUAACACCCUCUUUUUUAUCUCAGUCCCUAUUUCUUAAGACCUUAGAAAGAUUUUCACUUCUGAUUUUGAUUCUGUUGUUGAAGUGAAGUGAUUUUUCGAUCUAUCACAGACUGUUGUGACAACGCUACUACGAUUACACAUUUAAUAUUUACAUGAAUAGUUGAGCACAAAAGUCUAUUCGUAGAGGCAUUAAGUAAGGCGGUCAAAAUAGACCCUUCUCAUCACAUUAUCGACAUAUCUCGAAACAAACUUUAAAUAAACUUGGUUUCUUGAGUGCUAAAAACUUCCAGAUAAUAUACCUGAGUGUUUUUAUCAAGGUCUUAUUUUUAUUAAUCCGACUCUGACAAACAUUUUGUUAAGUUGUCGUAAUUUCCAACCAUUAAUUGUAAAAAUGUACACCUUUUUCGAAUUCACAGUAUUAUUUUGGUACUCAUUAUAAACUAAGCACUUAAGAAAUUCUUAAAAUUCAUUUUCGAAAAGUGUGUGAAAUAAAGGCUUCAGUUACUCUUAGUGUCUUUUUCUAGAAUACUAUGUAUCGCAGUGUUGACAGCUGAAUACCUAAAGCAAAAUAAAGGAAAAAAUGGUGUUUUUAAGGCUUUGAACAAACGUCCAUCCCCAUAAUUUACACUGUUUAUAGCACUAAGUUUUCUCAUUCUAUCCUAAUAUUUGAGUGAAGAAUUGCAUGGUUGAAUGCCAGCAAAUGUGUUUUUGUUUCAGGCUGGAAACACAAUACUAUUUAAAAUUCGGACUAAACUUUAAAUCAGAAAUUAUGCAAAGAAAUAAUUCGCCUCCUAUUUUACCUCAGUAGGUUGUAUUCUGAUAUUUCAGAAAAUAAAAUAAAUUGUGAAAUAAUCCACAGUGUUCUGUGUGAAAUCAACAAUUGCUGAGAUGAAGAUAAUAUAUUUCAUAGUUAUAUCCAAAGCAAACUAUUUACAUAAACCUCUUCUACUCAUGAUCACUUUAUCAACUGGUGAAGAAUUCAAAUGUAAGUACUUGAGCAAUUAUAGCAUAUCAGUUGAUAAUGAGAAGUGCUGUCACUGUAAAUUGUGUAAAGUAGGCUUGAAGUGUGUUGAAAACGAAUAUCGCAUCACUUUUUAUUUCAUUAAGUGACCCCUGCUGUUCAGUGAGCAUAUUCCAAAAUUUAGUACUCUUAGCUAAUAAAUAGACACUGAAUUCCUUAAUUUAAAAAAAUCAUGUCUUACAGCACGAAUGUUCUUUUAAUUUAUUAUUGCGUGAAUGAUACCCAUUAGAGUAAAUAAAUAUAUCACGAGGUUCACAAUGACAGAGUAUUCAAAGUAAACAUUAUGCACAGUCUUAUUCUUGACAAUAAAAUUAUCAGUCCAAAUUAUAAACUAAUUAUUUAAAUACACUUUUAUGUCAGC